CCUGCUCCAGGUCUGCACUCCACCUUAAAAACUGGGGCCUGGGCUCAGGAGCGACAGGUGUCCCAGCCAAUGGCGAUGCGGACAUUAGAGCUGACACCCAAUCACAAGGCACUAUUGGGGGAAAUGGGGCGGGAGCCAUCGCCGACUUCAGGUGACUCUGUGGCCGGGAGGGGCGGAGUGUCUCGGUCAGCCGGGAGCAUCUUCACCAGGUCCCUUCCCUGGGCGAGUGAGGGGAACCCAGCGCGAGCAGCAUCUGUACGCUGCAGCCAGCAAGGAGAGUGAUGGAGGAGACUCAGGAGGCCGGGACGCAGAGCCAGCCCACCGCCACCGCCCGGGACUUGCAGGCAGACAGCACCUUACAGGUGGAGAUCUCCGAUGCAGUGAGCGAGCGGGACAAGGUGAAAUUCACUGUUCAAACCAAGAGCUGCCUCCCCCACUUUGCCCAGCCGGAGUUCUCGGUGGUGCGGCAACAUGAAGAGUUUAUCUGGCUGCACGAUGCCUACGUGGACAACGAGGAGUACGCCGGCCUGAUCAUUCCGCCAGCCCCGCCGAGGCCCGAUUUCCAGGCAUCGAGGGAGAAGCUGCAGAAGUUGGGCGAGGGGGACCGCUCCGUCACCAGGGAGGAGUUCGCCAAAAUGAAACAGGAGCUGGAGGCGGAAUACCUGGCCAUCUUUAAGAAGACGGUGGCCAUGCACGAGGUCUUUCUGCAGCGCCUGGCUGCCCACCCCACGCUGUGCCAGGACCACAACUUCUUCGUCUUUCUGGAAUACGGCCAAGAUCUGAGCGUCCGAGGGAAGAACAGGAAGGAGCUGCUGGGGGGCUUUCUGAGGAGUAUCGUCAAGUCAGCAGACGAAGCACUCAUCACUGGCCUGCCCGGGCUCAAGGAGGUAGACGACUUCUUUGAACAUGAGAGAACCUUCCUGCUGGAGUAUCACACCCACAUCCGGGACGCCUGCCUGAGAGCUGACCGGGUCAUGCGCUCCCACAAGUGCCUGGCAGACGACUAUAUCCCCAUCUCAGCAGCACUGAACAUUCUGGGGACACAGGAAGUCAACCAGCUGAAGAUGAGCUUCCUGAAAUUGGCUGAACUGUUUGAACGGCUAAGGAAGCUGGAGGGCCGGGUGGCCUCUGACGAGGACCUGAAGUUGUCGGAUAUGCUGAGGUAUUACAUGAGAGACUCGCAAGCUGCCAAGGACCUGCUGUACCGCCGGCUGAGGGCACUGGCUGACUACGAGAACGCCAACAAGGCGCUGGACAAAGCCCGCACCAGGAACCGGGAGGUGCAGCCCGCCGAGAGCCACCAGCAGCUGUGCUGCCAGCGCUUCGAGCGGCUCUCGGACUCAGCCAAGCAGGAGCUCAUGGACUUCAAGUCCCGCCGGGUCUCCUCAUUCCGCAAGAACCUCAUUGAGUUGGCAGAACUGGAGCUCAAACAUGCCAAGGCCAGCACCCUGCUGCUCCAGAACACCCUAGUGGCCCUAAAGGGGGAGCCAUAGCACAUCGAGCACAUCCCAGCCCUGCCCAGGACCACCCCCUGCCCUGCCCCCAGCAAAACGUCCCCUUCCUUACCCAGCCAGACUUGCCUUGCCCCAUCUGCCUGGGCCAGAAGCCCAACCUACCACAGACCCCUGGUGAGCACAGGUCCAGGUGUAGGGGCAGCUCCAGUAGCCCAGGGCUUCCCACCCCAGGGGCUGACUCCAACCGCCAGCCCCCACUCCUUCAUGAAUAAAGAGCCAGGUUUUGUA